UGCAGCUCGGUUGCAUUCAGAUUCUUACAUUUUUUUGCGUCUUGCUUAUAAAACGGUUGAUCCAGACACGGUAAAGCAGAGUUGCAUGCGGAUUUAGCUCUGACACAACUCAUUUGUGCGCCAGCCCAUCCCUGGACAAGUGUUGUGUCUUAGUGCCUUUUCCUCUACCUUUCUUUUUCUUUUCUUUUCUUUUUCUUUUAUUUUUUUUUUUUUUUUGUUUGGCACGGCUCAAUGAUGGAGAGGAUAAGAAAAGAGAUGAUAUUGAUGGAGAGGGGUCUGCACAGUCCUGUUGCGGGGAAGAGGCUCGGGGACGCGCCGGGAAAUUCAGUUCUGGAGGCCCUGGAAAACUCCCAACACGGUGGACGACUCAGUCCGAGAAUAACCUCCGCUUCCCUUCAUGGGAAUCUCGGGGACAUCCCGACGAAAGGCAAGUUUGAAAUAGAGAGUCUUUUCGGGACGCACCACGGCAGCGAGAACGCCUCGUCUGCGGAGAUUUCAUCGUCGGAGAGCAGAAAGAAAAUGAGUCUUUACUCCGAAGUUUCGCAAGAAUCAGACAUAAAUAGUGAUGUGGAGGUGGGAUGCCCUGCGCAUCGCUCGCCGAGCCAGCACAAGGAAAACAACAAGGUCUUUUCUGACAGUAAUUCAGCGUCCUCCAACACAAGCUCGAACUCCCUCCCGAACAUGAACGGAAACUCGGCGGGAGGAUCCAACAAUUCCAACACCGACCAGGUCAGGAGGUAUCGGACUGCUUUCACCCGGGAACAGAUCGGGAGACUGGAAAAGGAGUUUUAUCGGGAAAACUACGUUUCCAGACCGAGGAGGUGCGAAUUGGCCGCAGCGCUGAAUCUACCCGAAACAACAAUUAAGGUGUGGUUCCAGAACAGGCGGAUGAAGGAUAAGAGGCAGCGCUUGGCCAUGUCCUGGCCCCAUCCUGCAGACCCCAGCUUCUACACUUACAUGAUGACGCAUGCGGCCGCCACAGGAAGUCUACCAUACCCAUUCCACUCGCACAUGCCUCUGCACUACUAUCCGCACGUCGGCGUCACGGCGGCGGCAGCGGCCGCCGCGGCCACCGGAGCCGCCUCUUCACCCUUCGCCACCUCCAUCCGGCCUCUUGAUACCUUCCGCGCCCUCUCCCAUCCAUAUUCGCGGCCAGAGCUCCUGUGCAGCUUCAGACACCCGGGACUCUACCAGUCGCCCGCGGGCCUAAACAGCUCGGCUGCGGCCUCCGCGGCGGCGGCGGCGGCUGCGGCGGCGGCCGCGGUUAGCGCUCCGUCCGCCUCCGGGCCCUGUUCGUGUUUGAGCUGCCACAGCAGCAGCCAGGCAGCUAGCGCGCUGGGCUCCAGGAGCGCCGGCGCUGACUUUACCUGCACGGCUUCCACGCAGAGAUCAGAGAGCAGCUUUCUACCGUAUUCCGCCGCUGUUCUCAGUAAGACCUCAGUCCCAUCACCUGAUCAGCGAGAGGAGAGCUCACUUAACAGAUAACUGGUCACCCUGCCUCUGUUUUUUAAAGACACGUGUGCUUCAAGAGGUUGUAAACAGACACAAUGUUUCAUUUCUAAGUAUUAUUUCUAAAGAACAACGACAGCAACAGCAAGAGUGGACAUCAAAUAUUGCAAUUCAUAUAGCCAACAGUUUUCAAAAGACGUGCCCCCGUCAUGCAAGUAAACCAGUUUUUCUUGGCUGGUUAUUUCGCCCUUCCACCAUUUUUUUUUCUUUACUUUUGCUGUUUUGGUUGUUUCGUGCCCAACAUUUUUAUCUUCCACCUGAUGUUUCGUGUUGACGCCGAGUCCAUUCCUUCCUGCUUCGAGAAGCGGUGAUUUAUUGGGGUUUUCUUCAGUCUGCUCCUGUAAUUUGUAAGGGAAUGUGUUGUGAUUAAGUUUAAAACCAGCACGAGGUCGUUCAGAGAUAUUUCUUUUGAUCCGAGUCAACAUCUGCAAUAUUGGUUGAGAUACAGAUCAAAAUCAAAAUCAGUGAUAUUAAAGGGUUCUAAGAAAUAUUUUUUUUAAAAAAUCAAAUAACAUGUUGAAAAAUUCUGGAGUAUUUUCAUGGUCAAUUAUUCCCAUAUUUCGUCCAUUACCUCCAAUUUUUGCUUAUUUCACGACUGCAUAUGAAUUUAGUUUUGUUCGUAAAUAUUUUUUAUUAUUGGAGAUAAAAAUCAUUAUGCUCAGAUUUCCCAUUUACUUUAAUUCAGUGUUAGAUUAUUAGUUAAAUACGUCCUAUUAACACCCUGUUGGAACCCAAUACCCAUUUAGAUUCGUUCGUAUCCCCUGUUAUAGACCAGAUUAUUCUUAUAAAAUCUGAAAGAUUAUCUGAUGAAAUCAAAACAAUUCGAUGCAACCUUCUGCACUGACUUGAAGACCUAUUGACCACAUUUCCUUAAAAUAGAACAUAGAAAAUAGCUUUAAAUAAUGGGUUGUUAAAGCGACAGAAAACUUCCAUCUGCUGGCUUACAAAGUGAUAUGUCCCCUGAGACAACACUGUUUCGUACCCCCCAGAAAAAGUUGCAUACAAAACGAACAAAAUGAGAAAAGUAUUGAAUGACGAAAUUACCAUUACUCGGACUGGAUCACAUAUGAAUUGGAGUCAUAGUCAAUGGAAAUAUGAGGGAGGUAAAAUCUUACAUAUUUCUAUGAAUUACGCAAGAAUUAAAACAUCCAUAAUUCAUCCCAGAAACACCCACCUGGAGAAAUGAGCAACUCAUUUAACAUUUUUAUUUUUAACAAAAAACGGAAGCAAAAAUAAAUAAAUGAAAUCGUAAUAAAUGUGUACGAAACCGAUGUACUGUUGUAAGGGGACAACUGACACAAAGUUCAAUAAAACCCUAUUAGACAGAAAUUAACUGAUACGCAAAUAGAAGGGAACCCGAUUGACCUGUCUGGGUACGAACUGGACGUAGAAGCUGCAACGUGACGAAUUGUCCGAUUGCAAACAAAACAAA